AAUUAUAAAAAUAAAUUCCGCGGAAUUCCGGCAUCUUCUCAGUGUCCGGCAACAAGAAAACUUCCGACACCUUCAUUUCUCUCUCCUCCAACCGCCAUUUUUCUCCCUAAUCGCCAUUAACUCUUCAUCUCUGCUGCUCAUCUUCUGUUUAUGCUCGGGACACUUUAUCGCAACAUCUGAGGUUGAUUCUGGUACUCUCUGCCCAAUUUUCUUGUUGCUGAGAGACAAUUUACAAAAACUGAAAUUUGCUGAGAUUUUGAUCAGGUUCUUCUGGGUUCUAAUUAUACCAUGGAAUUGACUACUUUUGCUGAAGGUUAAAAUGAGAUGCAAUGCAUGCUGGAGAGAGUUGGAAGGUCAAGCUGUUUCGACCAGUUGUGGCCACCUUUUGUGCACAGGAGAUGCAGGCAAGAUACUUAACAGUGAUGGAGCAUGUCCCAUCUGUGAUCAGGUGCUAUCUAAGAGUCUUAUGAGACCUGUUGAUAUUAAUCCAAAUGAUGAAUGGAUUAAUACAGUAAUGGCAGGAGUCUCACCUCAGAUUUUGAUGAAGAGUGCAUACAGAAGUGUUAUGUUCUAUAUUGGGCAAAAGGAACUAGAGAUGCAAUGCAAGAUGAAUAGGCUAGUAGCUCAAUGUCGACAAAAAUGUGAGACGUUGCAAGAAAAGUUCAGUGAGAAACUGGAGCAGAUGCACGCUGCAUACCAGAAAAUGGGCAAGAGGUGUCAAAUGAUGGAACAAGAGAUUGAAAAUUUGUCCAAAGAUAAGCAAGAGCUGCAAGAAAAGUUCGCUGAGAAAUCCAGACAGAAGAGAAAACUUGAUGAAAUGUAUGAUCAGUUGAGGAGCGAGUUUGAUUCAGUGAAACGUUCAGCCAUACAACCUGCAAAAAAUUUCUAUUCCAGACCUGAGCCUGAUCUCUUUUCUCACCCAACCCAUAUGAUGGAUAACCAAGAUACACUAAGAAAAGAUCGAUUGGUUUUCACUCCUGAAACUCCAGGGCCAAGGGAGGAUAUCUGGCCUGCAAGACAAAACAGUUCCAACUCUGGCGGAGCCUUUGAUGUCUCAGCUGGCUCACCAUCAAGGCGAGCACCUGUUCCAAUUGAUACCGGAAACAGAAGACCCAGUGCCCAUCCUCCCUUUGGAUCAGGAAAUUCUAACCCUUCCAUGACUCUGAGGAAUCUGGUUCUUUCUCCUAUAAAGCGGCCUCAAUUAUCACGUAACCGCCCUCAGCUUUUCACGUAAGAUGUGAUUAGAAAGGUCAUUUCUUGCUGUUGCUACAUUUAGGAGCGUUUUCAUUUCUUCAUAAGCUGGUCAUGUUUCUUACUGCUCAAAAAAAUGUGGAAUUUUCUUGGCGAAGCUCACAUACACACAAUUGAUGCUUAGCAUCAGCUAGUUAAAGCUCUCCAAGUUGCAUUGUGGUUUAUUGUAAUACAUCUUAAUGUGACUAGAACUACUGAAAACUCAUACUAUUGAUAUUUUAAUAGUCAAAAUUGUACAAAAAAGGUAUAAAAGACAGUUGUGGACUCCUGCUA